AUGACGCCUCCGGAAAAUCACCCCACGGUGAGCGAGAGGUCCAGCCAACGUGAUCUCGAAGACGAUGAGCCUUCGUCGUCACCCGCCGAUGUUGACACCCCUACCGUGAAUGACAGUGCGGAGCCAAACCACACCAAUCCGUCCACUGUCCAAUUCCACAAAGCGAACAAGGAAGCCGUCCCCCCUUCGCGAACCGACCGCUUCUUCCAAGGACUCUACGCCGUGAUGCCGCGGAUCCCGGUCAGUCUCCAAGAGGGCCAUGCGACCAUCAACCCCGACCUCCACCGCCACAACCUCGCGACGCCUGCUGGACAGGCUAGGAAGGAGGCUCCCAAGUAUCUCCCCUACUACGUGUCAGGCAGACGCUCCGGCGAGGGCAUGCUGUCGCGUGCUCUCAGCAGCCUCCCCUCCAUGCCUUCUGGACUGCCAUCGAUACCUUCGCUUCCUUCUCUUCCGUACUUUGCUGGUGAUGGACGCCGCCCUCGUCGGUUGUCUGGCCGCAGCUACGCCACUGUCCUCGAGCCGUUCGAAUCCGUCGACCAUCCACUAAGCGAGAGCGAUGAUAAUGUCAGUACCAUCGUGUCUGCGGAAGUUCUUGGUAUCUCGGCGCCCCCCUCUGACGGCAACCCCGAUCCGAAGUCCUCGUCCCGGGACGGCAAUGUUUACAUCUGCGUCCAUGAACCAAUCGAGGUCGAUACCGACCCGACUUAUGAAGCUCGCCGCCAGCAACACGAGGAAGAGAGCGCGCAGCGUCAGCAGCGCUGGGAUGCUAUCAGGCAAGUUGGUGAAACGGCGGUUACCAUGGCCAAGACGAGCGCAGAGGUGGCGCUCGUGGGCGCUCAGGUUGGCGCGGCUGUCAUGACGACGAACACCCGUGACCUGGUGACUGAUGUUGUGAGAGAGCUGCGUGUUCGGGGCGCCAGGAAGCGAUUGGUUGGGAACCACCAAGGAGAUGAAGAUGAUGCAUCUCAGGCGUCCACAGCGUCCGAGUAUCUGGACGAAUUGGGAGACUCCGAGGAUGAUGACUUCGUCGAAGCUUCUGAGGAUGCUGGUACCGACGCCACCAACAGCUUCAAGCAGAAGGCCACCAGCCCUCCUCCUCAGAACAACGGGGAAACCUCCCCCUACUCGGCCGAUUCUGCCAAGUUCAACAACACCUUCGAGGAUAUUGACCUCGACGGAGACGACGAGGCAGAGCCUGUGGGACUCGACGAUGACUUCGACGUCAUCACUCAGGAGGAGGCUGGCCGCCCUCACUGGGCCGUUACCGAAGUUGGACCCCACACUCGUCGCCCGCUUCACGACACCCGCCACCGCCGCCGUCCUGGCAUCUCCGCCCUCCCAGGCAUCUCCGCUCGCCCUCCCGCCCGUUCCCCGGCUUUUCAACGUCCGCCUUCGCCCAGCACCAUGAACAUCGCCAUGAUCUCCGAAAGGCCGGACGAGCUUCCGCACCGUCGCCGCGUCGACAGCAACGGUGAUGAGCAGAACAACUAG